UCCCGAUGAUAAUCAUGACGAUAGAAGCAGACUGAAUUCAAAUUGAGCCAGGUCAUCCGACUUAAGUGUUCCAAUGUGCGGCCGCACCGAUGUGUGGGAUAUAAUACUAGCUGUCCCGCAUCGGGAUACAGUAGCGCCGUCUAAAAAUCCUUCUGGCGGAAUUAAAGGUCCACGCGUCUCCAUCGGGUCGUUUGUUCUUCCUGUCUUUUUCAGCGGCGCAACCCUAGAUAUGUUCGUCAACUUAGACGGAAGCAUGGUUCCGGCGAUAUCAAAACCGAAGACCCAUCACGUUAAGUGUACCUUGGGUUCACUUCGGAUUACAUGUACUUUUCUUGUCACCCACAUGCACCUGGGAAUACAUAUGUUGGUGCCGAUUGCAUCAUAGACCCGCGGCUAUAAGUAGUAGGAUCACUAACCUAGCCCUCAGAAGGUGUCGAUGGCUAUCUUCCAACCACCCCCAGGGAUCGUGUAUCUGUUCAGGACUGUCAUCUCCGUCCUGAUUCUUCCUUGUUCAGCUUUCUGGGCUCUCCAAGCUGGACUACGACAGUUCGAUGUCAUUCUCUCUU